AUGGCCAUCACUCUUGUGAAUCAUGACCCACAGAGUGCAUUCAGACCUAUAGCAAGUAUUUUUCUCUUUGUCUUUUUCAUCUCCAAGACUCCAACUGAACUUCAACUCUAUGUAGAUGAGACUCUGGCUAGGCAAGCUGCUUCUCGUGCUCAGUGCCAGAGGCCACAGGCUCGUGCGCCUCCUCAACCCUGCAUGGGCAGUCAUGUUAUCCCACAGAACACCCAAGUCAGGGCUGCAUCUGCCCCAGACACCCAGGACACUGAUUUCACGCCUUCGAUGUUUGUGCCACCCUCCAAUCAUGCAAACUUCUCAAACCUAGGAUUUGACGAUGACCAAUGGCCAUCUUUCAGCUUCAAUGCCAGUGCACAAUCUAACGGUUAUCAACGUCCACUGGAUGAGUUUGAUGAAGCUGAACUGUUGGAGAUGCAAGACAAUCCAGAGGCUAAUGUCGCUCAAGGCCCUGUUGUCCCACUCCCCGCCAAUAGCGUCAAUGCUGAUGAACAGUUGACAUUGGCUGAUCUUCUGCCUCCAACAGGGCCUUCGUGCAAAUGGCCCCAUGAUGCCAUUGAAGAGGAAGAUGAUGAGGAUAUCAUUGCCACUUGGGGCCCUGAUGAGGACACUCCUGCAUUGCCCAACAAGAAGUCUGUCCAUGCAGCUGACCUCAACCCUUCUUGCUGGCACAUACUUGAUUGGGCUUUGUGUCAUUAUCAGUUCCUGACUAUGAAAGGUCCUUAUCCGACCACUCAGGAAGUUGACAAACAGUCCGUCGAGUCUUGGUAUGCCGCCCUGAAGGAGAUGAACCAAGAGUUCAACUACAUUGGAGAUAGUCCACCAACUGAGGAUGAGCUUGCAUUGAUUAAGAUGUGGCUGGCCCAGCUACGGGGUCAGAUUAAAGUGCAUGCAUGGAGUGCUGUCGCGCCCUUCUAUGGCUUCAAAAACUCAAGUGACAUCAACACAAUCAACAGGAUUUGUGAAACUGUUCAAACGCUCAAGCACAAGCAUAAUUACAGGGAUACAAAAGAAAAGGGUGGUCUUUAUCGAAUGGAUCUCAUCUCUAGUGUAAUCAACUUCCAAUGGUAUGACAACAAGCUCAACUCUGAAGCUAUACGCAUGCUGACUGUUAUGUGGCCGAUAUCAUUGUGA